AAGUGUCAGUAUACUGGAUCUCGCGUGGACCGACCGAUUCCAGAAGCGCGACGGUCCAGAACGCUCUAAAUAGCGACUCGCGAUCACUGCCGCCGGAAGCGAUCUUUUGUUCGCGACGAAUGCCAAGUAUUUUAGGUCUCGUCAUUGUCGUUGGCACCAGUCGCGACACGCGGCUGGAUGAUCGAUACCGCGCCUCGUGUCGUGUGCGAGCCGCUAAAGAAACAAGAGAUCGGAGAUUGAAGAUCGAACCCGCGAUCAGUUCACAACGUAUCGGCGAAUCGUCAACAAGAGUAGUGUCUUCUUAAUACGCAAGCGUGAAAGUGUGCUCUGCUCGGAUAACUCUUGUGCUUAGACCGACGGACGCGAAUGGGCAUGGAGCAGUUCGAACAGCUGCUUACCUGCGCGAUAUGCCUGGAUCGAUACAGAAAUCCGAAGCUCUUGCCAUGUCAACAUAGCUUUUGCAUGGAACCAUGCAUGGACGGCCUUGUCGACUAUGUUCGUCGACAGGUCAAAUGUCCAGAAUGCCGUGCCGAACAUCGUAUACCAUAUCAGGGCGUGCAAGCCUUUCCAACCAACGUGACACUGCAGCGAUUCCUGGAAUUGCAUAUCGAGAUCACGGGAGAACUGCCGGACCCGACCAGCGGUCAGACCAUGGAACGCUGCGGCGUCUGCUCGGAGAAGAGUUACUGUCAGCUGUGCGUGCACUGCGAGAAGAAAUGCUGCCCCGAGUGUAAGGAUGCGCACAUGGACAUCCUGCGACGCGAAAUUGCGCGCAUAAAUUCUCAGGUACGAAGGGGGCUGCACAGGCUGCAGGACGCGCUGGCCUUGGUGGAGAAAAACACGCUGGGCCUGCAGACAAACUGCGCCUCUGUCGCCGAGGAGGUGGACGAGAUUUAUCGGAGGCUGAGCAAGGCUUUGAAAGACCGCACGGAACAUCUGCGUAACGAGGUCGAUCGAUACCUCGGCACUGAGCUCAGAGGCCUGAUUCAGCUCAAAGAGAAUCUCGAAUUGGAAAUCGCGAAUAUCCAGAGCAACUGCGAUCUGGCGGAGGCGCACAUAAACGAAAAUGUGCCGUGGGACGACGCCGAGCUUCUGGACACAAAGGAGAUCUUCCUGCGUACGGUGGAAUUUAUCAGGAACUUCGAAUACGAGGCGGGGGAUUACAACCGGCGAGUCCGCUUCGUGAUGGCGCACGAUCCGAAUCAGCUUGUCCUUCACGUGGCGGGUUACGGCGAAUUGAACAUUAAACCGGAAAGCGGAAGCGGCGGAUUGCUGGGGAGCUCCAGCAGUUUAGCCCCACCGGUGGGCUCUCCCGGUCUUAUGAGGAGCAAGAGCGAUCACCGCCUCGCCUCGCAGUACAGGCAGCAAGAGGAGGAACGGCUGGCCAGGAAUCGAUACGUUCCCGAAUACGAGUACGACGCGCCGGAGUACGAGGUACCCAGGAACAAGUCCAGGUACAGGAGUCGAUUUAUGCGACAUCGGGACGGCGACGAUUCCGACGGUGACACCAGGUCGACGGUGAGAUUCACGUCGGCGCCGCAGGAGUCGUCCAGCCUACGUGAGCGCGUCUUGGACACGGAGGACGCCGCGCGCGGUCCCCUGUCAGGCAUAUUUCGUCUGACGGACUCGCCGCGGGUCAUGAAGAAGCUGCAGGAGUGCGAGCGUGCCGGCAAGAGGAAGAAGGAGGAGCCGGCGAGCCAGCCCGUGCCGCAACCGCAACCGCCUAAGCCACAGGUACAAGUGAGAAAGGUACCGACCGCGGUGGCGAGACAGACCAGCGAGGACGACGAGAUCUCGAGGAUCAAGAAGCAGAACAAGAACGCCGCGGCGACCACCACCACCACCGCCGCCGCCGUCCACGCCGAGACGGUGGAGGAGAGGCAGCCGACCUCGACGCCUGCCCCCGUUCAUCCACCGCCACCGAGGGAACUUCCGGAACGGGAACCCGAGGAGCAGCCAGUUAGGAGACCGGCCAUCGCCAGGAGAACUUCGGCGGAAACUCACGCUCCUCCCGCGGCCAGGAGUGCUUCGUCGGACUCGAGCACCGGCUCCGAGAGCUCGGCGGGGUCCGGAAUACGUAGUACGGGCGCGCCAUUCACGGCUGAGGAGAUGAAGCAGAAGUACCUGUCGAGAGCACCUCCGACCAGCACGACGACCACCGUUUCCACCGCGGCCGGCAGAGAGUCGUCGAACGCCGCCCCGCCGACUCCCAGACCGCCGUUUCAGAGCCGUUUUUUAGGCGCAGGUAACCGUGCGGCUCCACCACCGCCGGUACCAGCGCCGCGGGAAGAGCCAGCGACGAAGAAGAAGGAAGAGGAAGAGGAUGAAGACGAAGAGACAAGCAGCUCUUCCGAAGAGACGGAAUCAGACACUGAGGAGUCGGAAACAGACAGUCGUCCAUCGAAGACUACUCCAACUGCGGCAUCCGCCGCUUCUCAAGAUCGUCAGAGAAGCGAAUCCGCCAUGGCGCGCACCGACAUCGGGCCUUUACUCGCUCGCAGUGCCGAAGCUAGAAGAGGAAGCAAGGAAGAUUCACCUUCCACCAGGUAUUCGUCGCCGAGGGGCAGCCCCGCGCAAUCCGUGACGACGAUGACGACGACGAUGACGACGCCGAGCGGCGGCGGUGGCGCCGGCGGCGCCGCGAUGACGACGACGACGUCGACGACGCCGGGCAGCUACACCAGCAGGGCGUUUAGCGCGGACGGUACCGACGACGAAAGAUGCACGGCCGGUCGCGUCGACGACGAUAGAGUAAUCGUGGCUACAGCCACGAUCGCGGAUUCCGCUUAUGACGUCGACGCCGACGGGGACGCGCUUAUACCGCAGGCGACGUACGCUAGCUCGGCACAAACGGACGUUAUUAUUACGGACGAAUCGACCACCUCAUCCACUUCUUCCCACCUCGCGAUUAGCGAACCCGAAAGUCUCCUCGGGAGUUGCCGCGGCGAUAGUCGAGUUGCGAGUGUGACAUCCGGAGACGAGGGCGCGUUAGUGCAAAGUCGUCGUCGUUCCGGGAACAACGAGAUCUCGUUGGUAGCCGCGGGCACCGCGGACGAAUCCACUCUCACGACUCGCGAAGAUUACUCCGACGCGAGAGGAAGCGGCGCCGAAGAGAUAACGAAGCGUAACUUCGAAGACGUUCCUAGUUCCAUCCGUGUCAUCGUGGAGGACGUCGACGCCCCUCCUGUUCUCGCCGAGGAACCUGCGUCGGAUUCCACGACGAAUCGAACCGUCGAGAUGACGGACGAGCGCAGGGAUCGCUCGAGAUCCAAAGAAUCGCACAGCAUUUCCGAGUGUUCCAGUUCCGUCAGUGGACGAACGAUGUCCGAUAGCGAGUCGGAGAGCGAUUCCGAAAGUGAUUGCGAGGGGGAGACGGAGGACGAGGAAGAGGAUGACGAGUCUCGAGAUGAAAACUGCAACGUGAAGAAGGAGAAAAAGGAGGAGAAGCGGGACGAUGAAAAUUACGGCGAUAAAGAUAGCGCGGAGGCUAAUAACGGGAAUAAAGAUAAAGAUUCCUGCAACUCUGAAAGUGACGAGGAAACCACGGUGCUGAGUAUUAGCUCGAACACCCGAGGCGAGGGUAGCGUGACGCCUGACGAUCGUUACGAGAGGGACUUGAAACGUCGCAGCGCCUCGAUAAUCGACGAGAGAAGCAUCGAGGAGAUGUUCGACGACAAUGGCUGGGUGAUCACGGAGCAAGAUCUGGAGCAGGAUCUGCAGACCGACCUGGGAACGGUAGCCGCGACUCCGUUGGAUUUGGAAUCCACCAUCGAUCGCCCGUGCGACGAGACCGCAGGCUCCAUCGGCGACGUCGUCAACGACGCAACGGGGACACGUACCGAAGAAAUUAUUCCAAGAAUUGUCGACGAAACGUCGAGCAACCUCGAGGAUUCCUUCGCGCGGUCGAACAUCGUCGACGACGCGAGGGAGAUGGUUCCCUCGAGCGAAGAACAACCAGCACCCGAGAUUCCGCCGAGAAGUCGCGUGUACAGGCAGAGCAGUCUGGGUAAGAACGGCUGGCUGGUCUCUGACGAAUCCGAGAGCGAGUCCGACCGGGCGACCUCGCCGAUCGAAGCACCUUCCGACCGAGAAGUCGUCGCUAGAAUCGGGUCCGCGAGCGAAGCGAUGGCAAUCGACGAGAUCGAAGAUAGCACGGGCGACAUCGACGAGAACGGGUGGGUGAUACUUGACGACGAUGACGAUGACGAUGACGAUGACGACGAUGACGACGACGACGAUGAUGAGGAUAGCAGCGCGCAAGAGAACACGAUUCGUUCCAAAACGACCGAUCUUGUAAACUCAAAAACUAACAUUGAGAACGGUGCAUUAGUCGCGAACGCUACCCGGUCGAAGGGCACCGAGCAGUCAGGGCCCGACGAGGACGAGGAAACGCCCGGUGCCAGUAUGAGUGUACCGAUGCAAAUGGAUGUCUCACAAAUCCGUGAUAAAAAGUGCGGCGCAUCGGUGGUCCCCGAUGGUUGCACUCAUCCAUGGAGCUGGAAACGAAUCAAAUCAGUGGCUGCUUCGUUCCUGAACAAGAGCAGGAGCCAGGCGGCGAUGAUGGCGUCCCGUGAACGGGAACGUGAACGCGAUCGCGAACGUGAACGGGAACGGGAACGAGAACGCGAGCGCGAACGUGAACGCGAACGAGAACGAGAACGAGAACGAGAACGCGAACGCGAUCGGGAGCGUGAGAGGGACGUGGACGCGGAGCUCGAUUCACCCUUGUCGUCGAGAUCUCGCUACGCGGCCCUGAAGGAACGCCGACAACGCCUGGCCCGUUCCAGGAGCUCGCACAACUUCGGCGGCGACGAUCUUGAUCUGGACGAGGAACCACCAUCGCCGACGACUCAGUCACCGAAUGCCUACCUGGCAGCAAAGUACGGCGCCGGUUCCGAGUUGGCGCGGAGCCGCAGCACCCACGCUCUGAAGUCGCGGGAGCCGAGUCCGGAGCGCGAUCGACCGGGCGCGGAAAAGGACGGCGCAGCAUUGAGCUCCUGGGCCAGGUAUCUCAAGAACAAAUACGGCAACCGCACCACCAAGGACAAGGAACCGCCCUCCUCGUCCUCCACGAUACCUUCGUCCAGCACCAGCGCGGCUUCGCGAAGGUUGUCGUUAGGCUUGCCUCUGAGGCACUCCGGGCAAACAUCCUUCGAAUCUUCUGACGACGACCAAAAAAACCCGUCAGGCUCCCCCACGUCCCCUACAGCAGCUCCCGUUACACCCGCGGCAGCAGGUUCCUCCACUAGCAAUGGUCGGAGGAGUCAUUACUUGCUGAAGCGGCGGCAGCUGUUUAAGUUCGGGAUGCGGGGGAGCGAAGCCGGAUGCUUUACUUGGCCGAGAGGCCUCGCAGUCGGCCCGGACAACUCCAUCGUCGUGGCCGACAGCUCCAAUCAUCGUGUUCAAGUAUUCGACGGUAAUGGGAACUUCAUAAAGGAGUUCGGAACGUACGGCAGCGGCGAGGGUGAGUUCGAUUGCCUCGCCGGGGUGGCCGUAAACCGGAUCGGGCAGUACAUCAUAGCGGACCGCUACAACCACAGGAUCCAGGUGCUCGAUCCGUCCGGUCGCUUUCUGCGGGCCUUCGGCUCUCAGGGCACCGCCGACGGCCGAUUCAAUUAUCCCUGGGGCAUCACCACCGAUGCUCUCGGAUUCAUCUACGUAUGCGACAAGGAGAAUCAUCGCGUGCAGGUAUUUCAAUCGGACGGCACGUUCGUGGGCAAGUUCGGCUCAUGCGGUAGCGGACGCGGCCAGUUAGAACACCCGCACUACAUCGCGGUGAGCAACACCAAUCGGGUAAUCGUCAGCGACGGCAACAACCACCGCGUGCAGAUAUUCGAUGUGAACGGCCGCGUGUUGACGUCCUUCGGCUCGGAGGGCUCGGACGACGGCCAGUUCAAGUUCCCACGGGGCGUCGCCGUGGACGAUCAGGGCUAUAUUGUCGUCGCCGACUCCGGCAACAACCGUAUACAGAUCUUCAGCCCCGACGGCGCGUUCGUCAAGUCCUUCGGCUGCUGGGGCAGCGGCGACGGCGAGUUCAAAGGUCUCGAAGGCGUCGCCGUCACAUCUACCGGCAACAUCGUUGUCUGCGACCGCGAGAAUCACCGAGUCCAAGUAUUCUGAGUUCGUCUAUUACGUUUUAUUUAAUGUUGAAGGAGCUCUGCUUCAAACAGGUACCUACGUGUUGAUUGAUAUUCGCGUUUAUUAAUACUGUUAAUGAUAAGCGAAUAUUCAAAAAAUAUUUCUCUAGACAAUGUCCCAUAUUUAAAUAUUUGAAGAGUGCAUUGUCUACGAGUGCAAAUUUACUUGCGAAAUCAAACUUCAAUAAUCUCAAAUAAUUAUUUUAUAGCGAUGUAUUUGAAAGCUCUAACGAAUAUUUAGCAAAGCUCGAAAUUGAAAAAAAAUUCGAAAAAAAAGAUAUAAAAUAUGAGAAUACUUCCACAUAUUACGAGAAAUAAAUUAUUGUUUGUAAUUUUAUAGGAUUGCGUAAUACGUUUUAAAAAAUGCAACGUUUAAUCAAAUUUUAUAAUUUAGCGAUUUCUAACAAAGACAUUCUGCAAAUAUGUUUUACUAAUUUUGUUUUUAAUCGAGGGAGUGAGUUAUCGUACACUACAACUUAUUUUAUUCAAUUAUUAAUAUAGAUAAUUUUUUAUAUGUUACUUGAGAAUCCUCUCGUUAACGUUGUGAAAUUUGUUAUAAUUUAUUCCACUCUUUAUUCCUAAAAAACGAAGAGGGUUUAUUGCCCUCCAUUGAGCAUAAUAAAUUCAUUGCGUUCGUAGAUUUUAUCUAACGAAAUGAUGAAGCGCAAGUAUAGUCCUUGCUGCGAAUGUGACGACUUUUGCGCCUCUUCAUGAAUAAAAAAGAAUCCAUUGUCAAAAAAAAAAAAAAAAAAAAGAAACACAAAGAUCGCUAUUUAUCUCAGACUACAUUGCAAAUCAUUAAUAACUGAUUGAUGCGUGAAAUUCUAAUGUUUUCUCUCAUUAACGAUUUAAUAUUUACGAAAUAAUUUGUCUUUACCAAUAUCAUUUUUAAUAGAGUCAUCAAGUGAACGGUUUAAAGAAAAACUCGCAAAUUUUUAUGAUUAUUUAUCCUCCUUUCAUUCUCUUCUUGUUUUGUAACCACUAGUGUCAGUGACAAUGUAGGCAGAAUUGGUGCCGUAGAAAAUAGCACGUUUUUUUCUAUUUCGAGCUAAUUUUUUAUUAUCAAAAUUUUUCAAAUAAGCCAAUUAAUCUCAACGUUCCUGCGUUACUAGUAACGAAACACGUAGAUCUGCCAACCGCUUUCCUGCGGUUUACCGCGAUCGUACCUCGUGUCACUUUUAUUUUGACGAGUAUUGAAUUCAUACACUCUCGGCGCACGAGGCGAUAUAGGAUGAAAGAAAUAUCGGAACGGACGGAAUGGCAGAGAGAAAAGCCUGAAAAGAAAAAAAAAAAUGCAACAACAAUCGUAUCGACGAGAACAACGACGCGUGAAUGGAAUCGCGAUGCUCGCUCGGUGGCGAGCGAUCCGAAUUCUCGGGGAAAAUCUUGGACCCCGGUCGAUUCUCCGCUCGGCAGCUUCGAAAAAUACACACGGCCGUGUGUUUUUGCCCUUUCUGUCCCUGUCUGGCUCCCCGCUGCCUCUCUCCUUCUCGUACACGCACGAUAUCCGAGCGACUUAAUUUAAUUUAUAUGCAAAGCGACAGCAAAUAAAGUUUGUACCGUUUGUAUGCUUUAAAUAAACUGUUGCGGAAGGAA